UGUCCUUCCCCCGCACCUUUGCAACCGGCUAUUCUUGGCGCGUCAUCGUUGCGCACCAUAACUGAGUAGUAUCUACUCCUAAUCUAUCGACUACAAGCUCUUUUCUCGCCUGACGGUAUUGAUGACUAUACUCAGUUUCCAGGCAACUAGUCCGAUUACUUGUCAACACUAGGCCCUGCUAUCAGACCAGCUGACUCGCCUUGACCCCGAAGCCUGUCGCGUCGCAUUCCUUCCGCUACCACAUUCGAAUAGUCAAGCUUUUUGCUGCCCGAUUUAAUUGAUGAAAAUAUCGCCGUGCUUAUAUCUUUUUUGACAAAGAAAGGCUGUGAGAAUAAUACCAUCAUGGAACAGGCUGCGCAAAACUCUGGGCAACAGCAAGGCAGACAACAGCCUGUGUACGACACGAGAAACGGUGGACAUUAUGGUGCCAGUGCCGCGCUUUCUGCACAAGGAUAUGCGCCUGUUGCUGAACUUUAUACUGGAACAUGGGCCAAUGUGAAUCAAGGUUUACAGGGGACAGCCCGCGACAUCCUAACAACAUAUUGGCAGCACAUUAUCAAUCAUCUUGAAUCAGAUAACCAUGAUUACAAGAUACAUCAACUUCCGCUAGCUAGAAUCAAAAAGGUCAUGAAGGCUGACCCAGAGGUAAAGAUGAUAUCAGCAGAGGCGCCAAUACUUUUUGCUAAGGGUUGUGAUAUUUUUAUCACCGAGCUUACCAUGCGGGCGUGGAUUCAUGCCGAGGACAAUAAGCGACGUACCUUACAGAGAUCCGAUAUUGCUGCGGCUCUUUCCAAGUCUGACAUGUUCGAUUUCCUCAUUGACAUAGUACCUCGCGAAGAAGCUACAUCGCAUGCAAAACGAUCUAGCCAGGCAGCUGGAGCUUCAGCAGGCGUUCCGGGUCCUGCAGGAGCCACUGGUCAACUACCACCGUCACAACACGGUGUUCAGCAUACAUCACACCACAUGCCUCCCCCAGACUAUAGUUCCCUUGGACAACAUAGUCUCCAGGAACCGGAAUAUCGCCAACCAGCAAUGUAUGCGGGGGCCGUUCAAUCGGAUCCGACAGGUGCUUAUGGCCAGCAUCAACCCCAAAUGUUCGAAGGAAUGUAUGCUGCUUACCCGCAUUUACCGCCUCAGCAGUGAAUGCACCAGAUACAGCUGGGUGGCAUAUAAAAGUAUCGUAUCCUACUUACGCUAUGAUAUUGAUUCUGUUAUUCUGUCAAAGGCUAUAUCACUAGGUGUGUUCCAAUUGCCAUCCAUUGCGAAGGACUAUAAAGACCUUGCGCAGCAGAUCUCAUGCCCUGUUCAGCCACGCAAUGUAUUGUCUUGAUAUGUGAUGUAAGGAGUAUCAUCAUUUGACGCCACAGGGGGGUGGAUUGUAAAGUGAUGAGGGCAAUUCAUGUUUUCUUGCCAAAUCUCGAUGAAAGUGUCGUAAAUUUAUC